GUUAAUCUUGCUGGGCAUUUUCCGCAAAUCGACAACCAUUGUGCCUAUUUUGCGUGAAACGAGGCAGCGCUACUCUAACCACCCCAGCUCCUCCACGAAACCUGGCAAAGUCUUCAGAUUGCUAAAUGCUUCCUUUAGUGUGCACGGAUUACCUAGGUAUUAACUCCUGUAUACCUCUACCUGCUUGCAGUCUAGGAGAAUAUGUUUCGCUGUUUCCUCAUCUUCCAUGCACGCUCUGCACAUGGGGCUGUCAGUUUUAGGUUCCUAUAUUAUGUAGGUGUUUGUUUAGUGUGUGUACUGUUAUUAAUCCUAUUAUUUGACUUAGUUGACAUCUUGGUGUUUUCAGUAGUAGUAGCAUAUCCUUUUCUCAAUGGUGUAAUGACGUAAUCUAUUUAUUGACAAUAACAAUAUACAUAAUGGAUAUAUACAGAUGAUAACUAUAACUAGCUUAUAUCUAAAAUAGGCCCUUGAGGCAUUGUACCAAGGAUGCUAGCGGCAUUUCCUCGUUGUAUCGCAAUACUGAUACGUUGUGCGAGGAAGCCGCCGCCGCCGGCUCUUCGGUCACCAACUUCGCCGCGUAUCCAUUGCAACUGCAGUCCAUGGUUCGCCGUCUCGCUUCCUCGUACGGGCACAUCGGCGAGCUGAUGAGACAGAUGAACGAGACCAACGGCACAAUCAUCAUAGCCAUUCUUAUGGCCGUGUUCCUGCAUCUUUUAGUCACUCCGUACUACUCAUUGCGGGCUUUAAAUUCGAACGCAAAUGUGCUGGAGGUGGUGCUGGUGCCGCUCUGUUGGACCUUUCUGCAGAUAGCCAUUCUUCUGCUGACCGUCGAACCUUGCCACUGGACGCAUGAACAGAGAGAAACUACCAAGUUCCUGCUAAGCCGAGUAACCGUCCGCCUGGCGCCGAAGAGCAAGCUUCUGGCCCGGGAGUUGGAUCACUUCGCAAAACAGAUUUGCCUGUCUAAUAUCAAGUUUUCACCGCUCGGCGUGCUCACCCUCGGUCGGCCGCUCGUGGCUUCGAUGUUUGGCGGCGUGGCGACCUAUCUCAUCAUUCUUGUGCAGUUCUAUUCACACACAGAUGACUGAAACGAUAGAACUAGCCUCAGCUCUAAAAUAAUAGAAUAUAAUUAUGGUAACGGCACCAGUCUUGGGACAUUUAAGAGAAAAUUUGGAGUAUUUUGAUAUUUUCUCGGCACCUGUAAAAUUUCUACCACUUUAUGCGUUAAAAGUUGAAUGUUCUAUAGAUGUAAUGAAAGAUACUGCAAUUGGUUUCACUAUUAUUAACAAAUUAAAACUAUAUGUUUUUUGCUCCAGUCAUGGGAUGUACCUAUGGCGCCAUUAAUUUUGAAACAAAGAAAAAUCAAUGAAACGCCAUACUUAAGCAGCUCUUGUCUCUUGUUUAUGAUAAAAUGUUGCUCAUAAAUACUUAUUUUAUGGGAUUUGCAUGUACCAUCCCAUUUCUGAAGCCUGUUCUUAAGGCACACAAUAUGUGUCUGUAUGUGUUUGAUAAUAAGAACGGGCGUACUUAUCUGUGGACGCACCUAACUUAUGGUAGGUAGUUGUUAUUUUGUGUCGGUAACGCAGAAGAAAAACGUGAAAAGUUUCCAUAGUGAUUGUCCAUGAGGAAGUUGUGUGGUUAUGUACAGCCAGCAAAACUAUUAGCUUAGGACUCCUGCAUACAAAUGUGGGGUGCCAAGCUAAUAGAUUUACUGACUGUAAAAGUUUUCGAGUGUUUUACUUCUUUAAAAGACACAUCACCAAUAGCAACUAAAGUAGUUUAAUAAAUUACGUUGUUUAGCCAACUAUUCAUAAAAAGACGCCUUUAGUAAACAUAAUUAGAGGUUAUUUUUCAAACGCUUAAAUCAUGGAUAACAUUUAACUAUAAAUUUCAAAUAUGGAUAAGUGAUACUAUGUCAUUUAGCCAACUAUUCAUUAAAAUACGCUUGAAGUAUACGUGUUUAGAAUUUAUUUUUCAAAAGCUCAAACCAUGGAUAAUUUUUAACUUUUAAUGUCAUAUAAAUAUAAAUGGUAGAAUGUAAUUAAUCAUCUAUACUUUAAAUUACGCCUUAAGUCAUAGAAUUAUAAAUAGAUUUUUCAAAAUCUCAAAAUAUACCUAUACGUUAUCCUCGCCACUUUAUACCGAAUUAAAUCACUUAUCAGAUAAACGUAAUUCCACGCAUUAAAUGAUUAAUGAUACGAUAACAAAAGCAUCAUAGCCCUGCUGAUAUGUACUUUAUUUGCUGCGCAGAUUUUAUCGGUUUAUUGCCAGACUGAGGAAAUAAGAUAAAAGUACUAGUGCUCGUCGUUGCACUAGUCACCGACAUGGGCACUCUAUUUCAUGGAAAUAUAGGUUAAAUUUGAACAAUGAAGAUCUUUCUGUAUUCGAACUGUCACUUUGACAUAAAGUGCCCAUGUUGAGUACUAGUGCAACGUCGAGCACUAGUACUUCUACCUUACCGUGUGAAGUAAUUUCGAGCCUGUCAACUUUUGCAAAAGUUUUUGAACCUUUGGUAUGUCCAUUCAUUGAGUUACAUUUUAGGUACGUCAUAACUGAGCACCAGGAUUUACCAGAGCUACGCCCAAAUGUCCUAAUUUGAUAUCCUGCACCGAAUAUGUCGUGGAGGCCAUUGAUGAUCACACGCAAUUAGACGAAAUACCAUAUACGUAGACGGAUUUUAGCAAAGCCUUUUAUCGCAUUUCCCAUUCUGUAAGUACUUUAUCAUAAACUUGUCUCGUUGGGAUACUCAGGAUCUCUUCUCUCCUGGCUUAAAUCAUAUUUGGAUAAAAGAGCGUUCUAUGUUGUAGUUAAUGGACAUCGUUCUGAGAUGCAUGCCAUCAGUUCAGGAGUUCCGCAGGGAUCUCACGUUGGUCCUAUCCUAUUUAAUAUUUUUAUAAACGAUGUACAAAAUUGUUUUGUGAAUUCCUGUCCGUUUUUAUACGCCGACGAUUUAAAGUUUGCUAGGCGAAUAACCACACCUAGUGAGAUGGAUCUGUUGCAAAGUGACCUUAACAGAGUAAAUCAAUGGUGCGCUGACAACGCCAUGCAGUUGAACAUAAAAAUGUUUACAUAUAAAAUUUACUACAAAUUAUAACCAUAUCGAUUCAUCCUACCAUAUCGCUGGGGAAUAUCUUAAUGAACUUGAUCACCUAGGAGUUAUAUUUGACAAAAAGAUGACCUUGGUACCGCACAUCGAUGCUAUUAUUAAGCAGUCUUCUAAAAUUCUAGGCUUUAUUAUAAGAACCGGUAAACAUUUUCGAACAGUAAAAACCAAAAUCCUUCUAUAUAACCCCUUCGUUCGCAAUAUCUUGGAAUACGGUAUGGCAGCCUCACUAUUCAACUCAUUGCCUCAAAGAAUUCAGAAACGAUUUCUUUGGCAUGGAUGUAGUCACCAGUGGCGGAUUAACCGAACAGCAGAAAAAGCAUAUGCUAAGGGCCCCGCGCCUAGGGGGGCCCCGCGCUCCGACUCUGACCAUGCGAGUUCGGCACGCGGAACCGGCCAAGUUCAAGUAGAACUCGCACUCCGCGGAUCCUGUACUACCACAUUUUAUUUACAAUGUAUUUUUUUUCGUAAGUCAGUAACAAUAUUGAUCAAUUAUUAUUAUUUUAUUAUCCUGUCUAUUUUUCUUUAUGACGAUACCAAAUUUAAAGAAUUUUUAGGCUUACGCAAAGACCAAGAGCAGAGUUUAGCAGAAAACCGAAGGUGCAUUUUCUCAAAACUUUUGUGCAUGGCUAAGCUGCAGGAAAUAGAGCUAGGAAACGAACAAAAGAAGAUAUUGUGUUUAAAAACAUAUUAGUGAAAAGCAAUGAAGGAUGAUUUAUUUAUAAAUUAUUAUUUCAAAUAACAAAUUGCACCUUACAGCUAAUGCCUAAUUAUGAUCAGCUUUGAGCCCGUAGUAGGCCAAAGGACGCGCUCCUCUACGGCUGGCCGGGCGCCCAAAAUAUGCCGAGUUGCUGCAAAGCCGUGAUACAUAUGAUCUAAUUGUCAAAAUGUUAUAAAAAUAAAACAGCGGGGCCCCUAUGCAGGGCUUUGCAUUCGCAUAUGCCGGAUGUAAAGCCCUACAUAGGGCCCGAUACCCAAAGCAUCCCAGCAAGUCGCACCUUCGAGCAAGAACUAAGGCGGCCGAGCAGCAGGCGAGCCGAGAUCACAUUGGUUCAAUUCCAAACUCUGUUCUCCUACAGUUCAGCCUUUGCAUGGUGGCACGCCGCGAUAGAACGCUCCGGGCCUCCGCCCUUAUAUAGGCGGCCUCGGCCUACGGCCUCGUUCAUACUAUGGCAUUGGUUUCAUUCUAGGCUCUGCUUUCCUGCAGCUUGGCCUUCAGCUUCGCACGGGAACGCUACAAAAUCGGGUGGUUCGAAUAUUCAGCUCGUGGAGCUCAGCCUUUGGCCUUGUUUUUUGGCUCACUUAGCCAUUAGGUCCCACUUCUUAGGUCCGACUCACUUUUCACCUAUUUUUACAAGCUUUUG